AUGUUAACCCGUCACUUGAAGUGUCACAGCAUCCAGAAGAGGCACCGCUGUCCUUGCUGUGCCAAAGGGUUUAACGACACAUUUGAUCUGAAACGUCACAUGAGGACUCACACAGGUAUCAGACCAUACAAGUGUCCAGCCUGUGACAAGUCUUUUACUCAGCGCUGCUCACUGGAAUCUCAUCUGCGCAAAAUUCAUGGAGUGCUACAGAGCUAUGCCUACCGCCAGCGCCGCUCCAAGAUCUACGUAUGUGAGGAAUGCGGCUUUACAUCCCCCAGCGCUGACACCUACACACUGCACAUCCUAGAGGCCCAUCCCUCCAACCCCAUGCUGUCCAAACAUCUACGGAAGCGAGUAGCUGGCGUUCUGAGAGGGGAGAUUGGAGGUCUGAUGCAUCCAGCGCCAUGUUACCUUGCAACUCAUGUCACAACAAGACGACAGACAUUAUGA